UUUGUGCUUUGAAACUGAGUCUGCUUAAGUGGUUGGACUCAAUUUAAGCUUUGUGAUCUAUUAUUUAUUUUAAAACUCUUACCUCUUUUCUCCCAGCAAGAUGCAAUGAUGUCUUUACUGACCUUUACUACUUGAUAUUCCAGGUAUUUUCUCUGACCUUCUAAGAAGCUAACAUGGCGAUUCUGGACCCUAUUGGGCAUUUGUAUGUUUCACAGGGUUUUAUGAUCUGGAAGUUGCAUGGAAUUGCUGCAUGUUAUGGUGAUAGAACAAGAUUUUAAACUAACCAUGCUCUGUUGAAGGACACGACACAUUACCGGGUGCAAAAUAUAGAAAAGAAGUUACAUAUUUGUCUUUUUUGCAUCUGCAUCUACCCAAAACAGUUCGGCAUCCUUUCCAAAAAAGAGUCAUGCUUGAAACCUUAAUUUUGUCCCAAUAAAGAGUCCUUUUUGAACAAAGAAGCUUAUUUUCGUCAUAUUUAAUGAGAAGGUUUCCUUAACAAGUUGUGUGUUAAGUUUAGUGAAACCGACAAAUACAACAACAAAAAAAUUUAGAAAUAUAUCUAUAUUUGAUUAUGGUGCAAUAGUUGUACUGCACCAAAAUUUAAAAGUUCAUUUGUGAAACAAUACUUUCUUUUAUGAGAAAGAACAUUUUAUCGUCCAUCUUUAUAAAAAAGAUUCAUUUUUGAAAACUAAUUUUUGUCCGAACAAAGCUUUAAUUUUUUUAAAUAAAAAGUGUACGACUUCAACAACAAGAAACCCAUUAAAAUCCCACGAAAGUAGGAUCUGCAGAGGUUGUGUAUUUCCAAAAGACCCCUGGCUUGAACACAAAAAGUGUACAAGUUGAGUAUGUUACGUUUAUUUAAACAAACAAAUGAAUUUAAAAAUAUAGCUAUAUUUGGUGAUUUCAUUGGUUAUUCCUUAUUUAAAAAAUUAAUAGUUGUACCUUCGAUCCUUUACGAAACAUGUCUCUCUUUGUUGGACAGAGGGAUUAUUAAAGUUUAAUUUCUACAAAAAAUUAAUAGUUGUACCUUUGAUGAUGUUUACUCCCUCAUUAUUCCUUAUAGAGAGAUUAGUUAGUUCCUACCUUUUUUAGGGUUAUAGUAAUAGAUUGUUGUAAUUGAGCAUAGUGAUUGCCUACCCUGUUCUUUGUCCUGCAAUGAUGGACCACAAUUGAUGUUUUGGUCAAAGAUGUUGAACUUUGGAGUAAGUUAAUAAUAUAUUGAUGAUUUUUGAUGUGAAUCUAAUUUAAAAGAGUUCUUCACUAAGAAUAUUCUCAUAAAAGCAAAGUGUUUGUAAUUUUCACUAAAAUGAAUCAAUUAAGGCAUUGGUCAAAAGUCAGCAUCUUUGAUCUCUAUUGGUAUUUGUCUACUAGUUGUGUUUUGACAAGCAAAAGACGUGAAUGACAACAAUGUUAAUAACUUGGGGGUUUGUACACCAUGAUAAACUCAAAUGUGAAUUGCGACCCUUAUUAUGGGAUAUCAUUCAUCUUUGAGCAUUCUAAUUCCAAUGUUUCUAUAUCAUGUACAUGUUGCCAAUCCCAUUACAUGACUGGUAUUGAAUCUGAUAUCUGGGAGCAGGAAUUCUUUAUUUUGUUAAUAGUUAAGAGUGUUAGCUGAUUGUUUUUAAGUGUUAUCAGUUAUAUACUGUAUAAAUUUUCAAUAACUUUUAGGAUUCUGUAUUGGGGUUUCUGCUAAAAAUCUAUGACAGCGCUUGCAGACUCCCAAAGAUCAUAAUCUAGCUGCAGAUGCUGGUGCUAGGGAUAAUAAUAUUGUUCCAGGCCCAAUGGUCUGCCAGCUAUCUUCUCGUGUAAUGCCACCACCACCUCCUCCUCCCAAGAUGAUGAAGCCAAUGGCUCCUCCACCGCCACCAAAAACCAAUCAUUUAACACCUAAAGUGCAAGGGAUAACCAAUGUGCCUCAUAAGCUGUUGCCGGAAAAUGUUUCAUCAACCCCUAAAGUGCAUGGGAUAACCAAUAUGCCCCAUAAGCCAUCGUCUGAAAACUUGCCUGAUACCCUGGUGAAGCUAAUGGAGUAUGGGGAUGACGAUGAUGAUGACACCGAGGUUACUGCUGCUGAAGAGACAUUGCAAGGGAAAUCAAAGAAUGUACCCGAGGCUCCGAAACCUUUCUGGGCUGUUUAAGACAGUGUUAGCCAUCUGCAACUUUUCUACAUUUCAGUCGAUGGUAAACAAAUCACAUACUCGCCCUGCAGACUGAAGUACUUAUAUGGAGAAUGGUCUAUCAUUAGAAUCUGUGGCUAAGAAUGUGACAAUUUCAGUUUUUCUAAAAACCAAGAGCCGCCCCCAUCCCACCCCUUGAUCUUUGCCUUCAACGUUGAUGUCUGAGGUAAACCGCAAAGCUAACCGGGCAGGAGGUCAAGAGGUAACUCAGAUAUAAUUCCCGUUUAUAGUUCACACUCAUCUUUCGUACUGUGUAGCUUCGUCGUAGAUAGUUAUGACAGGAAGCAACUCCGAUAUGACUGCCUUUACACAGUUGCACUACUUAUUCUGUUUUCCCAUUCGUGUCAUAAUCAUUUUUUCCCAUACAUGUCAAAUUUACCAAGGGAUGGAUCUUUUUAAGCGAGUAAGUCUAUUGUUGAACCACACAUACAAUGUUAUUGUCCAUCCACUUCGAGUAACUAAGCAAUUACUUUGUUAGUUAGCAUAUCUUGAU